CUCCACUGAGCUUUUAGGAAAGGGAGGCUGACUCCUCUGCUUAGCCUCUGAAGUUUUCCGAUACAUUUAGUCUGUCCAAAGAUGGACAAAAACAACACAUUAUGAGCUGUGGACUUUGUUAUGGGAUGUUAAGGAGGCCUCUGUAAGAAAGCAGAAGGAUUUUGGGGAAUUAAUACUGUUUCACCACAGGCUCUUCCUGGAAGAAGAGGGAGAUGGGGGCUGGAGCAAUAACCAUCUGUCACAACAAGGCAGCGGUUCAGAUUAAGGAGGAUGUAAAGAGGAUGGUGCAGUUGCCCAUGCUUAAACCCUCUCUUGCCACCGGCGCUGGGGGAAAGAAGAUCUUCGGCGUGUCCCUGGUGAAGUUGAGCGAUCUGGGACUUGUCAAGGAUGGAGUUCCUGUGGUGGUCCGGUGUAUGGUGGAGUAUCUGGAAAAGCAUGGUCUUCGUCAGGAGGGUCUGUUCAGAGUGAACGGCAGCGUUCGGACGGUGGAUAACCUGCGGCAGAGGUUUGAUGCUGGAGAAGAGGUGGAUCUUCAUCAGGAAGCAGACGCUUUUGCUGUCGCCAGUUUACUGAAGCAGUUUUUGAGGGAUCUACCUGAAGGUCUCAUCCAUCCCUCCAUCCACAAUCCUCUCAUUCAGCUGCACCAGGAAUCUGAUGAGGAUUACUUCUGUAAGGACCUGCGUGAGCUCCUACAUCAGCUGCCAGAUAUCCACUACAGUCUCCUGCAUUACCUAUGUCACUUCCUGUCCCAGGUGGAACAGGAACACGCUCAUAACCGCAUGACUGCGACCAACCUGGCAACAGUGUUUGGGCCCAACGUCUUCAAUGUGUCACCUGGUUUUGAUGGUAUACGGGAACAGAAUAUCUGUAAUAGCAUUAUGGCCAAGCUGAUCCAGAAGUCCAGCGCCAUCUUUGAGUCUGUGGUGGAGAGAAGACAGAUUGAAAAGGGACCUUCAAACAUCCUCAUGGUCAAAGAGGCCAACACAAACACCGAAAACACAGAGAUGCCGCCUUACAAUCCUGCUCCGAAGGCACACACUCCACGUGUCAAGAAGAUCAAGGUCACUCAAUGCACUCCAGUUGAAAUAACAGAUUCUUCGAGAGAAAAGGAAUCAAGUUCAGACAACCCUAUUCCGACACCAAGAAAAAAGAAGGUCACCCCAUGCACUUCAGCUGACAAUACAGGCCCGUCAAGAGAAAGUGAGUCAAGUCCCGACAACCCUAUACUUACGCCAAGAAAAAAGAAGGUGAAGAAGAUAAAGACGGAGGAAAUGCCUAGAUGUUUUCCUCAACCGGCCUCCUCUGGUGAUCCCGAGUCUAGGCUUUUGUCCCAUCGUCCAGACAAAAGCUUGGGGGCUAGAGAUCAGUUUCCUCUGCACAGUCCAGGACGGAGCAUAAGCUUCAGCGCUGACGGCAUGAAUCUGACCCCUCAGACCGUUAGAUCCGCCACAUCCACUGAGACCUUCAACAGCUUCCAAGAAGAUGAAAGACCGAUAUCUCCUUUUUACAUUAGCUCACAAAUCUCUCCUGGACACUGCAGACCUGACUUAACAAAUUUUCUGGAGAAGACCAUUCGCUCAGCGGUCGAGCAGCACCUCUUCAACACACGCAUGCACACAGGUCAGAGUUCAGAGGGCUUGGAUGCGACUGCCUACUUUUCAUCUCCUGUGACGACGGCCCGAGAGAGGAGGAGACAUCUACGAGAACAGGAGCAGCACUUCAGGGUCGAGGGUGAUAAAGAGAACAUCCCGUCUCCGGGUGUGAGGGUCACAGAGGAGUGUGACAGGCGUCUGCUGCUGCCACACGAGGCUCAGAGAAACAGGAAGCCCAAACACAGUCCCACACUGACUGAGCUCUCCGACAACCAGGACGCCCCCACUCCAAUGGAAUGCCAAGAGCCACCUGGGGCUUACGAUAGAAAUGCUACGGAGAACAGCACCUACCACUCUGCACACUGGAUCCCACAAAUAGCAAUGUUAUGCUGUUACAAUAUCACUAAUGAAAUAUAUAUUUUUAGGGGGAACCAUCAAACGGAACAUGGGUUCAAUUUUAUUCAGACGCCUGCCAUGAAAAUCCAGGAGGCUCUUAGUGGCACAGAGCCGUGCGAUGAUGUCCCUCGACUGGACCUUUCUACUCUGACAGACGACAGCAACUGGGCAGGUUCUCAUUUCUUUAGUGCUUCUUUCCUUGAUUUCAAAAGCCUUUUAAAAUCAAGUCACAAUGAGGAACCAGUGCCAGCCUAUUCGUCGUGGCAAAGGGAGAGUAUGGACCGCGAGGAAGCUCGUCUGUCUCCCCAUGCCGGUGGCAAGCCGAUUCGCCAGCUCCUGGAGGAGGACAGCGACCCAAUGGUCUCGCCACGGUUCUACGCUUACGGAGACGGUCGGCAGUAUCUGGACGACACAGAGGUUCCUCCAUCACCACCUAAUGCCCACUCCUUUGUCAGUAGGCGAAGAAGUUCGUCGUUAGGCUCCUGCGACGAUGACCGGGAAGAGUUGACCUCUGCUCAGCUUUCAAAGCGGAUCCACGUACUCAAGAAGAAGAUCCGGAGGUUUGAGGAGAAGUUCGAGGAUGAGCGCAAAUACAGGCCUUCACACGGCGACAAAGCUGCCAACCCAGAGGUUCUGCGCUGGAUGAAUGAACUGGCCAAGAUGCGCAAAGACUUAAAAGAUCACAAGCUGCUAAAGUCAGAAGAGGAUUUGACGCCCAUCCCCCGCCAGCGUAGCAACACGCUUCCCAGGAGCUUUGGGUCUCAGCUGGAGAAGAAAGCUCCUGAGACCAAAGCCCCCAAACCCCCUGUGGAAAGCACACUGGAUGCAGUCAUGAACAAACUGCAGGAGAAACGCAAUGAGGCUGGCCGACCUGAAGACAUUAAGGACAUGACCCGUGAACAGAUUGGAACAGAAAAAGUGGCCCUUCAGAAAGCUCUUCUAUAUUAUGAGAACAUCCAUGGGAGACCAAUCACCAAGAAUGAGAGGCAGGUCAUGAAGCCUCUAUACGACCGGUACCGACUCGUCAAACAAAUCCUCUGUAGAGCUUCCUCCAUUCCAGUCAUUGGCUCGCCUUCCAGCAAGCGCAGAGGCCCCCUGCUGCAGCCCAUUAUCGAGGGUGUACCAGCCCUGUUCUUCAGCGACACAAAGGAGGAGGAGGAUGGCUCGGAUGACGACGACACCAGGACACAGUUCACGGUCACGGUUAAGCCAGAGCUGAGCAUGCUGGGACUUCUCGACCAGCUGGAUGAGGACACGGACGGUUUCAUCUCGCCUGUUGAUGAACUAUCACCCUCCAAGAACACCAUGGAUAUGAGAUUGUCCAAUUUGCAUGCUGCCACCAUGCAGGAACUUGUGGAGCAACUCCAGGAAGCCCGUGAGGAAAAGAAAAGAAUCCGCCAAAACCUCCGUGAAUUUGAGGAUGAGUUCUUCAAACAGAAUGGCAGAAACGUGCAAAAGGAAGAUCGCUCACCCUUGGCAGGGGAAUACAAUGAAUACAAGCAUAUUAAAGCCAAGCUAAGGCUGUUGGAAGUGCUCAUCAGUAAAAGAGACUCCUCCAAGUUCAUUUAGUGCUCAGCUUACUCAAGACUUACUCUACUAGCCAAGCAAGGACCAGCCACUGCUAUCCAAAGCUAUACAGUGGGUACAAAGACAUGUCUUACAGGCACAUUUGGCUUUUGAAGGACACAGAGACAUGACUUGUUCACCAAUAGCAGAUGUACAGUGCCGUUCGGUCCACUGUACAGCGAAGAGGACUCGUGUUCUGCUUUUGACUUCUGAUCAUUUUGCAGUCUGCUAUGAGACCGUGGAUUCAGAAUACAAUCACAUAUUGCGAAUCUCUGAUCCCGAUUCCCUUUGAAGCCCAGAAGAAUGUUUCUGUUAUAUUUUGUGUUCGUAUUGGUAUUUCGAUUUUUUCUAUAUUAAUAUCGCUAUAAUAUAGAAACAACUGUGUUUUCACAAUCAGGCACAAGCUUUGAAGAACAUUGAGAUAUUGCGUCUUAAAUUGUCUUAUGUAUAUAGAGAUGAGGAGAGUUUAUCAUUAUAGGAACUUUUAGUAUUUGAUGAAUUGAAGAAAGUAACCAAUUAAUGGAAGGAAGGCUCUCUGUAUAGAAUUAUUUUUUGUUAUUUACUGGUGCCAUAAUUCAUGCAAAUGGCUUUAUUUUGAAUAUUAAUGCUUCUGAGGAAAUGCAUAAUUUGCAUUGUUUAUCGACUCGUUAAUCUAAUUCCCCUCCCCUCCAAAUUUUAAAGCUGUAAUCUUUAAGACCAUUGACUAAGCUAGAAUCGACUUGAUUUUCUUUACAAAAAAACAAACAAAAAAAAAAGGUGCAAAAAACAACCAAAAGGAAAAAAAAACUCUCUCGCUAUGCUGUAAUGGUGUAGAAACGCACAAACCAAGGUUCUAUAAACCAGCUUUCAUUUUUCAUUUUUUGUGUAUAUUUUUAUACUAAUAAAUAGUCUCAAGUGUCGAACUGGUCAUCACAUGAAACUCACUGUUUAACAGUGCUGUGGGCGGAUCAAAUCCCCUCAAACACAUCUCUAUUGUUAGCGAGCAAUAGAAAGCGAACCUGUGGGGCCUCACUUAGCGUUUGCGCCUGGUGAACGCGGAUACAAACCCGAGUGAGCACAUUACCCCCUUCUCUUAUUCUCCAGAUUGGAAAAUUGUAGCGUGAAUUUUGUUUUUACUGAACGUGACAAGAAUGAUGGAUAAAGAUGAAUACCGUGUGUACAUUUUAGUACAUGAUUGUAUUUGUAUUUUGUACAUAUGAUAUAAAACCAAAAUAUUUUUUCUGAC